AUGGACACCAGAAAAUUGUUCUACUCAAAGUCCUUCCUGUGCUAUGGGGGUAAGUUGAAACCCUGUGAGAAUGUUAUCAUACCUAGUAUUGACAGUCAGUCAUCAUCUAUGACUAAGUUGUAUAGAAUCUAACACAAAGAAACUCUAAGUUUUAAUACAAUGAAAUAUUUUAAAUGGAGUUCCUAACAUGAUAGGAAACAGGCACUUACAUGUGUGUAUUCUACUUCAUUCUGACACAGAUGAACGUCCUCUUAACACCACUGGGGAUUUGUCCACUCCUGCUACCCCUGAAACCACCAGCCCUACUUCAACUGGACCUCCCACUAGCAGAACGUCCACCACACCACCUACACUACUAUUGGACAGUCCACCACCUCCCCACCUACCACUACUAAUAGACAGUCCACCACCUCACCCACCUACCACUACUAAUAGACAGUUCCACCACACUACCAGCAUCAACUUCCAGUGGACAACUGACCUCAUCAGGUCCCACCUCCCCAGACAGGAAGCCCACAUCUUCCCCCAGUAGUUCAACUUCUCCACUCCAUCCUGGUGAGUGUCAGACAUGGAGCUACAUUCUGUACCAAUCUGCACAAAGAUGUACAAGUGACAAUUGUUGGGCUUUUCAUGGCAGAUAAGACCGUCAGUGUAUGUGUAUUUGUGGUAUUGUGUUUAUGAACUUGCAUUUACAUGUGUGCAAUUUCAUGUUUGUGUUUUGUCCAUGCAGAUUACCUGCACUACUUCAACGAGUCCAAGAGCUGGAUCAAUGCCCUGCAGUUCUGUAAAAGUCGUGGCUCCACAUCCAACCUGGUGCACAUCACCAACCAGACCGUGCAGGCUGACGUGACCCAGCUGCUGGCCAACGUGGAGCUGCCAUGUGGGGGAGUGUGGAUUGGUCUGGAGCGGUCCAUCUUUGAGUGGAUCGCCCCCUGGCUGUGGACCAGUAGUGAUGUUGAUAAGGUGGUGAAGUACAGAGAGUGGCACAGCUGCUUCCCCCUCAACCCCAUCAAUUACCACUGUGGUAAGAUGGUCCGGGUUGGUAAUGGAGAACUGAAGUGGCUGGAUGCUUCCUGUCAUCAGGAAUUACCCUUCAUCUGUGAA